UCCACUUAAAAACUCUGUAAUUGUUUGAAGAUGUAUGCAGUAUGCACCUUAGUACAUGUGUCCUUGCUGACAGUAGCCGUUAUUGCACAAGUGCCGGAAAAAGGGAAAUGUCCAGAUGUAGAAGUUCAAAAAGAUUUUGAUCCAACAAAAUAUUUUGGAAAAUGGUACGAGAUAGCAAAAUUUUACACGAGUUUUGAAACUGGACAGAAAUGUAAUACUGCUACCUAUACACCGAAGGUUAACGGUCAUUUUACUGUCUACAACACUGGUUUGGACUCUAGUGACAAGGAAGUGAAUGCAACUGGAGACGCAUAUAGUCCUGAUGAGAACGAAAAAGCGAAGAUCAAGGUCCAGUUUAGUGAAAAAUCACCGUAUGCGGAUUACUGGGUGUUGGACACAGACUAUGAGACGUAUACCUUGAUCUAUUCUUGUAUCAACAUACUUGACGUCACCCAUCUUGAUUUCUCUUGGAUUUUGAGCCGGAAGCCAACACUAGAUCCGGAAAUCAAAGCGAGACUCUUCCAGAAAGUGGAAUCAUACGGAAUUAAAUCGAAAAACUACAAAGAUGAUGACCAAUUAAGCUGUCCGUGGAAUAUUUACUGAAUUUAUUAAAAUUACUUUUCAUAUAUAACUGCUCCGCUUGUAAAUGUCCUUGAAAAAAUAAAACAUUUAUUCUGACUUGAAAAUGUCAAAACAAACAAAAAAAUAUUGUUUACUAGUGGUUUAUAUUUUGCUAAAAGGUACAAAAAACAUGGAAAACUUUAUUUUGAUCGACUGAAAUGUAGCCGUGAACUAAACUUUUAUUUUUGUCAUCAUUUCCUUUGUAGUGCAAAUUUACUGUCGGAAAUGUGCAUACCAUUUAUGUAAUAA